AUGACCACCUCGAGAAAUAUGACCCCGGCUCAGAUCUUCCCCGGAAGGGGGAUUGGGUUUCUAACUUUGGGAGCCUCUCUACAUCAUACCAUAACUCGCCUCAAAGCGCAUCCCCAUACUUACCCCUCCAUCGACUUGUCCUACUCUUCGACCAAUCCUAUCCACUCCCCGAUCCUUCUGAGCCUGCCAGAAAAUGGCCUGCGACUGCGAUUUGAUGGUCCGGACCAAAGACUUCGUCUGAUAGAAGUGCUAGAUUUCACUAAGAUUCCUCUCACGUAUAAAUCCCAUGAGGUCCUCAAAGCCGCUAAGCCUACGGAGCAACCACCACAGCUAGGGCCAAGUUUUCGUCAUAUUUACAACCGCAUGUUUGGGCCAUCCUACCCAGGAGAAUUCAUUCCCGGUUCCUCAGGUUCAAAGUACGGCACCUAUGUUCUUUCCUAUCCCGGUAUCGCUUUUUCAUUUCCCUUGCUUCAGUCUGCGUGGUCCGAGCAAUGCGAUUUUGUAUCUUUAAUGUCGUCGGCGGCGGCAUCUUCUGCUACUUCCAUGGCUGUUUUCCAGGGAUCAUCGUGGGCGGAUGGCCGUUCUAAUAUGUUAACGCGACAACCCCAAUAUCCAAGAUCAACUGCUCUUGCGGGGAAAAAUCGAGAAUCUGUCGCUGAUGAAAUAGAGGAGGUUAAAAUCCAUGGCGCAGGAAGGAUUGAGUUUUUCCGCAGAUCGGGGCCAUCGAUCUGGAUUUCCCUCUCUGAGACCACACCACAAGACCUCGUCGCGGAAUUUGGUCCUCCAGAUGCUAUUUACCGGAAAAACGAUAGGCGUAUCUCAAUUCAUGGGACCCAGACACUUGGUAACACGAACCUUAGACGAACAAGCCCUUCGCCUGGCCGCACAGCUGACCCCACAGACAUGGAUCCUUUGUCUGAAACUAGCGUGACGGAUGAUUCAGACGGCGAGAAUUCUCCCACUUUCCAGCACAAUCGGGCUACGCUGGCAACUGAGUGUUUCUAUAACUAUUUUGAUCACGGGUUCGAUGCCUUUAUCUCCCAUCCAACGGUUUCUGGGCCACCGUUUCCAGGUUCAUCACAUCCGGAGACGUCCACAAUCUCACCACCCCCGCAGUUAGCCGUAACAAAGAUCCUUCUGCAUGGGAACGUGCCAGGAUCAUACCCCUUCAACCGCCAUAGGCGCAGCCGCUGGGUCCUGAAUAUUGAUUCUGCCCGGGAACCUCUGACGUCGGAAACCCAAUAUGGCCAGCUAUCAGACGAGUUGAAACGAAUCUGGAAGGGUUCCUACUCGAGCGCAUCUGAGGAAAUGGCCCUUCAAAGAGGAAUGGUCCUCAACCGUGGCUGGGGCGAUAGUCCUGGAAGCAGUGUCGAGCUUCUUGGUGGCUGGGAAGAUAGCUCUGCCAGCAAAGCUUGGACUGGUUCAGUAAAUGACGGCGGUCAAACACUGGGGAAUACUGAGCUGUUUGGAUUUCCAGCCUUCGACGCCCAGGCCGAGAUAUGCUGCAAUAACAGGAACAUGCCAGAGUUGCCACAAUCCCUUGCUCGAUCCUGGUCGUCGACGCUCAAACUUCCCAAGUCAACUUUUCCCCCUCGUGUUUCGUUGACCGACCAGGUCAAGUACUUAGAACGAUGCACACAUGACCUCUAUAGCUGGCAGCAGCGCCACCGUCCGAAUGAAAAUCGAUUCGUCCUUCAUGAUGGCCCUCCAUAUGCCAAUGGCGACCUACAUGUCGGUCAUGCUUUGAAUAAAAUCCUAAAGGACAUCAUUUGUCGUGUGCAGUUGGCGGCUGGGAAGCGAGUUGAUUAUGUGCCAGGCUGGGAUUGCCACGGACUACCAAUUGAGUUGAAGGCAUUGCAGACACAAAAGGGACUGGGGAGACUUGAAGCAGGUAGGAAUGGAAACGGAGGUGCUGCAGCGAUUCGUAGAGCGGCCAGGCAGCUGGCUGAAAAGACGGCUCUGGAACAGAUGAAGGGUUUUCAUAAGUGGGCAGUCAUGGCGGAUUGGAAGAAUGCGUGGAAAACGAUGGAUAAGAGUUUCGAGAAAAGGCAGCUGGAUGUAUUUCUUAAAAUGGUGGAGAAAGGCUUGAUACAUCGGCGAUUCAAGCCUGUGUAUUGGUCUCCUUCAUCGCGCACAGCACUAGCAGAGGCUGAGUUGGAGUAUAAAGAGGAUCACAAAUCUACAGCCGGACUAGUAAAAUUUCCUCUUGUGUCCAUGCCGUCUAAACUACGCGAUAUGCUACCAUCAAAUACCACCGAGAUCUCGGCUGUCAUCUGGACGACUACACCGUGGACAUUGCCUGCCAAUGCGGCCAUCGCUGUGAGCCGUACCUUGGAAUACUCUAUUGUGAAAUCGGAAAAGCAUGGAUAUCUCGUUGUUGGCUCAUCUCGGCGCGAAUAUAUUCAAACGUUGUUACAAGGAGAGGAAGUAACAGUAAUAGGCUCGCCAAUUCUAGGUUGUGAGUUAGUUUCCGAAUCCACAUAUCUCCCGCUUUUCAAGGACGGGUCCGUUCCCCAGCCCGUCAUCGCUGCAGAUUUUGUGACAGCGGAUAGCGGUUCUGGUCUUGUUCAUUGCGCUCCUGGUCAUGGAAUGGAGGAUUAUGAAGUUUGCCAAGCUCAUGGGAUCGCAUCUCAUACUCCGGUUGAUGAUGCAGGUUUGUUCACGGAUGCGGCAAUGCCUUUGAACCCUUCAAUGCUUAGUGGGAAGUCUGUACUUGGCGAUGGAAAUCGAGAGGUUUUGCGAUAUGUGGAGAGCAAGGGCCAGCUACUUGCUAAACACACGUAUGAGCAUAAAUACCCGUAUGACUGGCGGUCAAAGCUCCCUGUGAUAGCAUUGGAAGAUGUGCAAUUUAUUCCUUCAAUGGGAAAGUCACGACUAGAGAGCUUCAUUAAAAGUCGCAGCGAGUGGUGUAUAUCACGGCAGCGAGCUUGGGGAGUGCCGAUUCCUGCUCUCUACAAUCGAGAAACCGGGGAGGAAAUUCUGACGAAGGAAUCGGUGUCUCAUAUCUUGAAGGUUAUCGACGAACGUGGAAUCGACGCCUGGUGGACAGAUGAUGAAAACGACCCUACUUGGAUUGCUGCUUCUAUUAGGGAAACAUCUUCUGGCGCUGCCUAUAAACGAGGUACAGACACUAUGGACGUGUGGUUUGAUAGUGGAUCCAGCUGGACGCAAGUGAAAACUCCCGCUUCGGUCGAAGGCUAUGCGGCUGAUGUGUACCUCGAAGGAACAGACCAGCAUAGAGGGUGGUUUCAAUCAAGCCUCUUGACAUAUAUUGCUUACAAUCUAGGCUUGGGGGGAAAAACUGGCAUUUCUCGAGCGCCAUUUAAAACCCUCAUCACCCAUGGAUUUACUCUUGACAAAGAUUCUCGGAAGAUGAGUAAGUCGAUUGGGAACGUGAUUAGCCCAGAUCAAAUCUUGGAUGGGACGCUUCUACCUCCAUUGAAGUUGAAAAGGAUGAAGGGAGAGGAAAAGAAGCCGACUGCGCCUGUAUUUGACGCCCUGGGAACCGAUGCGCUAAGGUUAUGGGUCGCUAGCAGCGAUUACACCAAGGACAUAGUUAUCAGUCAGCCUGUUCUUAAGACCGUCCACACCAACCUUCACAAGUACCGGGUAACAUUCAAACUCCUUCUCGGAUCUCUUCAAGAUUUCGACCCCAGCUGCACAGUCCCACACGAGUCGUUACGCAUUAUUGACAAAAUCGCACUGCUCCAGCUUCGAAAACUCAUCAAUAUCUGCCAGGACGCAUAUUCAAGCUUUGAGUUCUACCGCGCAAUCACAGCUAUCAAUAAAUGGGCUAAUUUAGACUUUUCGGCUUUCUACAUCGAAUCUCUCAAAGAUCGCCUGUACGCUGAUUGUCCCAAUAGUCUUAGCAGAAGAGCCGCGCAGACAACCCUCUGCCACAUAUAUUAUCAUUUCCAAAACCUCCUGGCGCCUUUGUUACCCAAUCUCGUCGAAGAAUCGUGGGAACACACACCGGAAUUGAUUAAAACCAAAUUUGAUCCCCCGUUACACCGCAUCAUGACCAAACCUCCACCUGAGUGGCAAAAUGACGAACUGGAAGAAAUAUUCCCGCUACUUAUGGCUAUUAACACAGCAGUUAAAACCAUGCAAGAAAACGCCCGCAAUAGAAAGGAGAUGGGUUCAUCAUUACAGACAUUCGUGCACAUCUCCGUCUCCUGUAGCGCCGCAGGGGCGUCAAUCUUCGAAAAAUUCGGCUAUGAAUUACAAGACCUCUUCGUCGUUUCUUCCGUUACUGUCGGGUACAAUAAUGCAGCACUUCCACCUGAAAUCGAAGCUGCUGAGUGGAAAUACAGCUCAGAUUUCGAGUUCCCCGGCGGGAGUGCGCGCGGACAUGUUUGGAUAUAUACCCCACAAGCGAUCAAGUGUGGUCGAUGCUGGCGAUAUGCGGUGCCGUUGGAGCCUAAGCAGGACGAUCCGUUGUGCCAGCGGUGCAUAGAUGUUGUGGGAGAGCUACCUAGGGUGAACCACGAGCUUACGGGUGCAGCUUCAACCAGUAACUGA